AUGACGAGCUUUGGCGAAGAUCCAGGUGAAAUUGAUAACGCUUGGCCAGAUGUCAAGAUGCCCAUUGACGUUGGUCAUACCAAGCUAUCCAUAACCGGAGGAAUACAAGAACAGGCUGUACCAAAGAUGGAGGGAACGUCCAACGAGUACGACAUAUACAAGUCACAAUCAAUGGAAUUAAACUACGAUAACAUGAUGUUGUUUAAUCAGCAACGACAAUUGGGAGAGGUGGUCAACCACGCUCAGCCUCUUGGAAUGACACCACCUUCAAUGAUACCAGGAGCUACUCAUGAUGGCUCUAUGGUCUAUGCCUCAGUAGACAGGGUAGCUCACGAGUAUUCUUUGAAACCUGAACAUUUUUCUGCUGCUCAAGAUUCGACGUAUGGACAAGAGAAUAGUGCUGUGCCUCGUUCUGAUAGACCCCAUUCGGAUGGUUCAUCUCCUUUGAAUAGAAGUUACAGAACAGUAGCAUCCCCUAUUUCUUCUACUUCAACUGCUGAAAAUAAUUUCUAUUCCCAACAGCAAAAAGAUUCACUGGGUCUUACUCAAGGUCAAAAGUUACAGGCCGCCAAUUCUGCUACGAGAGCUAAGACAAGAAAGCCAACCGUAGAAGACCCAGAUGCUGAGUUGCUUCUGACGGAUGAUUGGGAUUUAACUGAGGAGCAAUUGCAAAGAAAGAAGAAAGCUCAGAACAGAGCUGCCCAACGUGCCUUCCGAGAACGGAAGGAAACCAAACUUAAGGAUUUGGAAGCUCGUUUAAUGCAAAGCGAGGAAGAAAAGCAAAAGUUGUUGGAUCAAUUGGACAUGGUACGUCAACAAAACUUAUCCAUUCAAAGUGAGAAUGAAGUACUUAGAUCGCAGGGAACUGUUUCCAACACUAAGUUUACUUUUCCUGAGAGUCAACAAGACUUUAUCGAAACAAUUAUGAGUGGUUCAAAGCAUGUAAUAAAUCCUGAAUUCAGCAAAAUGACAGUAUAUGAUAAUCCUGAUGACCCUGGAGCCAAGUUACUUGCCAUGACUGCUGUAUGGGAUUAUAUACAGUUGAAAGCUCAACAACUUGAUGUGGAUUAUCAAGAUGUUGACGUUGGAGAAAUUAUUGGUCAAUUACGUGGUAAUGAAAAAUGUUAUGGCUAUGGACCUGCUUAUCCAUUGGAGUUAGUUGACCAAGUUGUUGAAAAUACGAUUCUGGAAUCUACAGCAUUUUAA